AUGUGGUCAAAGAAACUAUUUUACAAAGUAACUACAUCUGUUGACUUUAUUCUGUUCAGCAGUGCCAGUCCUGGGCAAGACACGGUCUCAAGUACUGGACACCAUAGCUUUGGACCUUCGCGCAGGCCAAAUGUUACUUGUGAAGGAGCUGAACUCACCAAGCAAUUUGCGCCAGAAGAUCAACUGGAUGACAUCAUUGAGCGCAGAGCACAGGAGUUCAAUCAACAUCAACUCAGGAUGAAGACAAACAAAGAAAUUCUUAUCGCCAAGGCCAACUCUCCUCUCCAAUAUCCUACCAGUUUCACUGUAGCUCCUCAGCAGAAAAGUUUAAUACCAGGUCUCGCUCUUCUAACACAAGGAAGAAGUGUAACAACGAUCAAGAGGAAGGCGUACAAGGUGUCUUUGAGUGUGAAGAGUGGAGUGCUCUCAGUAGAGGAUGUUCUGGAUGGACAGCAGGUGGAUGGACAGGGUCAGAGUGAACUGAGCAUCUCAUCUAGCAGCCUCACACAACUCAAUGAUCUGCUGUCCAGAGUGACCUACACCAGCACUAUCUACCAUGUCAGAACAUCAGACCUGGGUCAUUUCUCUUUUGAGGACCAUGAGGCCAUAUUUCCAAUCAUGAUUAGGAGACCAUCAGUUCCUGUUCUUUAUGACCCAGGAAAAGAUAUUAACUCACAGGUAACCAUAAUUACCAAGACAUUUCUGAGGUAUAAGGAGCUGAACGUCCUCAUCCAGAGUAUCCGGAAGUUUUACCCAAAUAUCAAGAUCAUUGUUGCGGAUGACAGCCUGGAGCCUGAACCUGUGUCUGGAAACAACAUUGAGCACUACAUCAUGCCUCCUGCACAGGGAUGGUUUGCAGGCAGAAAUCUGGCUCUAUCCCAACUCACAACUAAAUACCUCCUGUGGGUAGAUGAUGAUUUUUUGUUCUUGAAAGAGACACGGGUCGAGAGUUUUGUGGAGAUUAUGGAAGCGAUUCCAGAUCUGGAUGUGGUUGGUGGUGAGGUCUCAGGUGACCAGUUCUAUUUCAUUCUCGAGUAUGAUGAGGGAGAUGAAGACGGUGGUUGUCUAAAGCGUAUUAAAGGAGGGUUUCAUCAGCCACUUUCAGGCUAUAAUGGAUGCUUUUUAGUGGAUGGCGUCAUUAAUUAUUUCUUGGCGAGGACUGAAGCGGUGCGAAGAAUUGGCUUUGACCCAUUCCUUAAAAGAGUUGGACACACCGAGUUCUUCAUUGAUGCACUUGGAAAACUGUUAGUUGCAUCAUGCAAAGGACUUUCUAUUGGUCACCAGACACAUCGGGCACAAAACGAAUAUGACUCAUACCGGACUCAAGGGAAACUUGAAGAGAAGAGAAAACUGGCCCAUCAUUUCUUUAAGAAUUAUCUUAACUACAUCAAGUACUGA